AUGGCCCCACCGAGUGUCCGCGGUGAACCGGACGGGCAGUUGCAGCAAUUCGAUAGAAAUCAACCGCUGGUGUUUUUCGUCAAUGGAAAAAGGGUUACUGAUGAACGGCCCGAUCCCGAGUCUACUCUGCUGAUAUAUUUGCGUGACAAAUUGCGUCUCUGCGGCACGAAACUCGGAUGCGCCGAGGGAGGAUGCGGUGCCUGCACGGUGAUGGUGUCGAAGGUUGAUCGCAGCACGGGCUCGUUGAAGCAUCUCGCGGUCAACGCUUGUCUUACGCCGGUGUGCUCCGUGCACGGGAUGGCUGUGACAACGGUCGAGGGCAUUGGAAGUACUCGGACGCGCCUCCAUCCCGUCCAGGAGCGCAUCGCCAAGGCACACGGCUCGCAGUGUGGGUUCUGCACUCCGGGAAUCGUAAUGUCGAUGUACUCGUUGCUGCGUAGCUCUCCCGUUCCUUCAAUGAAAGAACUGGAGGUGGCCUUCCAAGGCAAUCUGUGCCGCUGCACUGGCUAUCGACCGAUCCUGGAGGGAUACAAAACGUUCACCAAGGAGUUCGGCACCAACUGCGCCAUGGGCGAGAAAUGCUGUCGAAAUGGCAAUGGUAACGGCUGUGGACAGAAUGGAGAGAUCAACACUGAGCUGUUUCAACCGAACGAGUUCAUGCCCUACGAUCCAUCCCAGGAGCCCAUCUUCCCUCCGGAGCUGAAGCUCUCCGACAAAUUCGACUCGGAAUCGCUCGUUUUCCGUACGUCCCGAACCGCGUGGUAUCGUCCCACUCGACUCGACGAUCUGCUGGCUUUGAAAAAGGCCCAUCCGGAGACGAAGAUCGUUGUCGGCAACACGGAAGUGGGGGUGGAAGUGAAGUUCAAACACUUUGAGUAUCCCGUCCUUGCCAAUCCAGUCCAAAUAAAGGAAUUGACGGCGAUCGAGCGCCAAGAGUUUGGCAUCAAGGUAGGAUCUGCAGCCACGCUGAUGGAAAUGGAAAAUGUGCUCCGGAAGGAGAUUGAAACCGGUCCGGAGACUGAGACGCGCUUGUUUCAAGCUAUCGUCGACAUGCUGCACUGGUUCGCAGGCAAGCAAAUCCGCAAUGUUGCCUCCGUGGGCGGGAACAUAAUGACGGGAAGUCCAAUUUCGGAUCUAAACCCCAUCUUCACUGCUGCCGCAAUCGAGCUGGAAGUCGCGAGUCUGGACGGCGGAUUCCGUAAAGUGCGAAUGGGCGACGGAUUCUUCACUGGCUAUCGUAGGAACGUGAUUCGCCCUGAGGAAGUUCUCGUAUCGCUGUUCAUCCCUCGUACUACCAAAGAUCAACACUUCAUUGCGCAUAAGCAGGCAAAACGACGGGAUGACGACAUUGCCAUCGUGAAUGGCGCGUUCAAUGUUCGCUUUCAGCCGGGCACAGAUGUCGUGCAAGAGAUCCAUCUGGCAUUCGGUGGAAUGGCGCCAACGACAGUUCUUGCCAAGAAGACGGCCGCCGCACUGGUCGGAGCACGAUGGAAUGCACAACUUGUGGAACGCUGCAAUGAUUUGCUUGUGGAGGAGCUUCCACUCAGUCCAUCCGCUCCGGGCGGUAUGAUCGUUUAUCGUCGAUCGCUGACUUUGAGCCUCUUCUUCAAGGCUUACCUAGCGAUCGCCCAAUCGCUGGAUAGACAAAAGAUCCCGAACAGGACCCCUGUUGGUGAUCGCGAAAAGAGUGGCGCCAAUACCUUCCAUACACUAGUUCCAAAAAGUACGCAGCUCUUCGAGAAGGUUUCAGGCGAUCAACCAAUUACCGACCCAAUCCGUCGCCCGCAGGUGCAUGCUUCGGCUUACAAGCAAGUCACCGGAGAAGCUAUCUAUUGUGACGACAUCCCCAAGUUUGAAAACGAGCUAUAUCUGGCCUUCGUGUACAGCACGAAAGCGCACGCCAAAAUUGUAUCGAUCGAUCCAUCGGAAGCGCUCAACCUGGAAGGCGUGCAUCGAUUCUUUAGCGCAGAUGAUCUAACCGACGAACAGAACAAAGCUGGCCCCGUAUUUCAUGAUGAAUUUGUAUUCGUCAAAGAUAUUGUCACCACCCAGGGUCAAAUAAUAGGUGCUAUCGCGGCUGAUAAUCAAACAAUCGCACAACGCGCCGCUCGCAAAGUGAAGGUGAUGUAUGCAGAAAUGGAACCGAUAAUCGUUACGUUGGAGGAUGCAAUCAGACUAGAGUCAUUCUAUCCCGGAUAUCCCAAUAUCAUUGCUAAGGGAGAUGUGGAGGAAGCGAUGUCCAAAGCAGAUGUGAUCGUCGAAGGUGAUUGCCGUAUGGGUGGACAGGAACACUUCUACCUUGAAACGCAGGCAUGCCUCGCAGUUCCGAAGGAUUCGGACGAGAUCGAAGUCAUCAGCAGUACCCAGCAUCCUACCGAGAUUCAGCACCACGUCGCUCAGGCACUGGGAAUUCCUGCCGCCAAAGUAGUCUCUCGUGUAAAGCGGCUCGGAGGUGGUUUUGGUGGCAAAGAAUCACGUGCUGCCAUGGUUGCCAUACCGGUAGCGCUGGCGGCACACCGCCUGGGAAGGCCUGUACGUUGCAUGCUGGACAGAGAUGAAGAUAUGGCAGUGUCCGGCACACGGCAUCCGUUCUAUUUCCGCUACAAAGUUGGUGUCAGUAAGGAAGGCAAGCUACUGGCCGGAGAUUUUUGUUCGUAUAACAACGGUGGCCACUCGAUGGAUCUGUCGUUCGCCGUGCUGGAGCGUUCAAUGUUUCACAUCCAGAAUGCAUAUCGUAUCCCUCAUCUGCGCGUGCGUGGCUGGGUUUGCCGCACUAAUCUUCCUUCAAACACCGCGUUCCGCGGAUUCGGCGGCCCUCAAGGUAUGAUGGCGGCAGAGACGAUGAUGCGUCAUGUCGCACGCACCCUCAAGCGGGACUACGUUGAGUUGGUCGAAUUGAACAUGUACAGAGAGGGUGACACAACGCAUUACAACCAACAAAUCGAGGGAUGUAACGUUGGUAAAUGCUGGAGUGAGGUUUUACAAUCUUCGGACUUUGCGAACCGUCGACUGGCUGUUGAAGCGUUCAAUCAAGAGCACCGCUGGCGCAAGCGCGGCAUACACGUCGUACCUACAAUGUUCGGUAUCGCGUUCACCGUGCAACAUCUCAAUCAAAGUGGCGCCUUGAUUCACAUCUACCAGGACGGUACGGUGCUGCUCACACACGGAGGCACUGAGAUGGGUCAGGGAUUGCACACGAAGAUGAUUCAAGUCGCUGCAACGGUACUGGAAAUUCCUUUCGAUCGUAUCCACAUUUCCGAAACAUCUACGGAUAAAGUUCCGAACACUUCGGCCACCGCAGCCAGCGCUGGUUCGGAUCUAAACGGCACGGCGGUACUGAAUGCGUGCAUAACCAUCCGCGAACGAUUGGCACCGUUCCGCAAAGAAUACCCGGACAAGGACUGGAAUUUCUGGGUCACGAAAGCCUACUUAAGCCGGGUGUCCCUGUCGGCAACAGGGUUCUAUGCAACGCCUGAUCUAGGAUACAGUUUCCUCACCAACUCGGGAAAAGCAUUCAACUACUACACCUACGGUGCGGCAUGUUCCGAGGUGGAAAUCGAUUGUUUGACUGGCGAUCACCAAGUCAUUCGGACCGACAUUGUUAUGGACCUGGGAUCCAGCCUUAAUCCGGCGAUUGAUAUCGGCCAGAUUGAAGGUGGCUUUAUGCAGGGUUACGGGUUGUUCACACUCGAGGAAAUGGUCUAUUCGCCUCAAGGGCAGGUUUAUUCACGCGGCCCCGGAGUGUAUAAAUUGCCCGGUUUUGCCGACAUACCCGGGGAGUUCAACGUGUCACUACUUACCGGUGCUCCCAAUCCGCGCGCGGUGUACUCAUCAAAGGCGGUUGGUGAGCCGCCACUAUUCCUAGCCUCCUCUGUGUUCUUCGCCAUUCGAGAUGCUGUAGCUGCAGCUCGACAGGAGGAAAAUCUUGGCGAAGAGUUUGCCCUAGCUUCACCGGCAACAUCAGCGAGAAUUCGUACAGCUUGUCAGGAUAAGUUUGUAGAACGCUUUACUAAGCAACAGAGCAAUGGCCGUGAAGACGUUCCCUGGAAUGUUAUGCCCUAA